CAGUGGUCAGCUGUGCGGCGCAACGCCAACGCGAAUGAAUCGUUUUUGCGGCAACGAGGAGGAAUUGCGAAAAAAGCAGCAAGCAGGACACUAAUCCACUUGGCCAAGGCACCGGAACAGGAUGUCCGACGACGAGACCGGCGUCCACCGGCUGGAGGGCACCUCGGGCCAGGAGACGCGCGGCGGCCUGGUAAUCCGGAAGCCCAAGGACGCAACGCAAACGAAAAGUGGCUUCAAAGUGCCGCAGGGAUCUCUACUCGGUCUGGACAAACUGGCGGCCAAGCGACGGGCCGAGAAGGAGCAAGCGGAGCGUCUAAUCUCCUUCCAGGACAGCGAGUACGACGACGCCGCCGGCGGUAGUUCCACGCCCCAAGCCAACGCAUCCGGCGGCUCGAGCGGCAGCAGCAGUGAGUUCGCCUUCAAGAAACCGGACACCAAGAGCUUCGAAAAGCUGCGCGGCCAGCUGCGCGAGCACAAAGACGAGACGCCCUCGCACACCGGCGGCGUUUCGGAGAAGGCGCGCGAACGCCUGCGGGAGCACAUUCAGCGGGACAGGGAGCGCGGUCGCCAGGUCAGCACAACCACUUCGGGCGAGGAGAGGAGCCGGGAUCACCGCGACCGGGAUCAUCGCAGGGAGCAGGACAGAGAGCGCGAUCGGGACCGCGACAGGCGUCGCCAAAGAGACAGAGGCAGGGAACGCGAACGCGACCGGCAUCGAAGUCGCGAUCGGGAUCGAGAUCGGGAUCGCUCCUUAUCCGAGCGUAGUGUGCACACGCCGCGCUCGGAGCCGGGAACACCAGGUGGCAGCCACGGCGUAUCCAACAGCUCCUGGGACGAUGAGGAUGGCGAGGGCAGUCAGCGCAAGUCCGAUUGGGACAUGCCCACGCCCCGUCGCCAUGGCAGUCACGCUGGCGAAUGGUCGGCGAGGAGCAGCAGUAGCAGCAGCGGCAGUCGGCGCCACCGGCAGGAUGACACGGCGCGUCCGACGCCGGCGCAUCGCUAUAAUCAAUGGGCGCACGACCGCAAGCGCAGUGGCGCCACGCCCUGGGGCGAGGAUCCCGAGUCGCUGGACCUGUGGGAGGAGGAGCAGCGGCGCCUGGACCGCGAGUGGUACAACAUCGACGAGGGCUACGACGACGAGAACAAUCCGUUUGGCGGCGCCAACUCGGAGUACUUCCGCAAGCGCGAGGAGCAGCUGGAGCAGAAGCGAACGAAACGCAUUAGCGCCCAGCAGCGGCAGAACAAUCGGGAUAAUGAGCUGUGGGAGCGGAACCGCAUGCUCACCUCGGGCGUGGUCACCUCGAUCAGUGUGAACGACGACUUCGACGAGGAGGCACUGGAGCGGGUGCACCUGCUGGUCCAUCACAUCAUACCGCCGUUCCUCGACGGCCGCAUUGUGUUCACCAAGCAGCCGGAGCCGGUGGUGCCCGUCAAGGAUCCCACCUCGGACAUGGCGCUGCUGGCGCGCAAGGGCAGCGCCCUGGUGCGCACCUAUCGCGAGCAGAAGGAGCGACGCAAGGCGCAGAAGAAGCACUGGGAGCUAAGCGGCACCAAGCUGGGCAACAUCAUGGGUGUGCAGCGGCCGCAGGACGACGAGGAUGCGCGCUUCGACAAGGACAACGAUACGGCCGACUAUCGCAAGGACCAGAAGUUCGCCGAUCACAUGCGGGACCAGGAAACGGGCGGCAAGAGUGACUUCUCGCGCAAGAAGACCAUUUCGGAGCAGCGGCGAUUCCUGCCCGUGUUCGCCUCGCGGCAGGAGCUGCUCAACGUCAUCCGGGAGAACUCGGUGAUCAUCAUCGUGGGCGAGACGGGCAGCGGCAAGACCACGCAGCUCACCCAGUAUCUCCACGAGGACGGCUACAGCCAGCGGGGCAUGAUCGGGUGCACGCAGCCGCGUCGAGUGGCCGCCAUGUCGGUGGCCAAACGAGUCUCUGACGAGAUGGACACUCAACUGGGCGAGGACGUGGGCUAUGCCAUUCGAUUCGAGGACUGCACCUCGGAGCGCACAGUGAUCAAGUACAUGACGGACGGCAUCCUGCUGCGCGAGAGUCUCCGCGAUCCGGAACUGGACAGCUACGCGGCCAUCAUCAUGGACGAGGCCCACGAGCGAUCCCUCUCCACGGACGUGCUCUUCGGACUUCUACGGGAGAUUGUGGCCCGUCGACAUGACCUGAAGCUGAUCGUGACCUCGGCCACGAUGGACUCCACGAAGUUCGCGACGUUCUUCGGCAACGUGCCCACCUUCACCAUUCCAGGACGCACCUUCCCGGUGGACGUGAUGUUCAGCAAGAACACCUGCGAGGACUACGUGGAGUCGGCGGUGAAGCAGGCGCUCCAGGUGCACCUGACCCCCAACGAGGGCGACAUGCUGAUCUUCAUGCCGGGCCAGGAGGACAUCGAGGUGACCUGCGAGGUGCUCGAGGAGCGCCUCUCGGAGAUCGAGAACGCGCCCCAGCUGAGCAUCCUGCCCAUCUACUCGCAGCUGCCGUCGGAUCUGCAGGCGAAGAUCUUCCAGAAGUCCGGCGACGGAGUGCGCAAGUGCGUCGUGGCCACCAAUAUUGCGGAAACGUCGCUCACCGUGGACGGCAUCAUCUACGUCAUCGAUUCGGGCUACUGCAAGCUGAAGGUCUACAAUCCGCGCAUCGGCAUGGACGCCCUCCAGAUCUACCCCAUCUCGCAGGCGAACGCCAACCAGCGCAGUGGUCGGGCAGGACGCACGGGUCCUGGCCAGGCCUACCGCCUCUACACCCAGCGGCAGUACAAGGACGAGCUGCUGGCGCUGACCGUUCCGGAGAUCCAGCGCACCAACUUGGCCAACACGGUGCUGCUACUGAAGUCCCUUGGUGUCGUUGAUCUGCUGCAGUUCCACUUCAUGGAUCCACCGCCGCAGGACAACAUCCUCAACUCGCUGUACCAGCUGUGGAUCCUCGGGGCUCUGGACCACACCGGUGCCCUCACCACCUUGGGUCGCCAGAUGGCCGAGUUUCCCCUGGAUCCGCCGCAGUGCCAGAUGCUGAUUGUCGCCUGUGGGAUCGGCUGCAGUGCCGAGGUCUUGAUUAUAGUUUCCAUGUUGUCGGUGCCCUCGAUCUUCUACCGACCAAAGGGACGCGAGGAGGAGGCGGAUGGGGUUCGCGAGAAGUUCCAAGUGCCCGAGUCCGACCAUCUGACCUACCUCAAUGUGUACCAGCAGUGGCGCCAGAACAACUACAGUUCCUCGUGGUGCAACGAGCACUUCAUCCACAUCAAGGCGAUGCGCAAGGUGCGCGAGGUGCGCCAGCAGCUGAAGGACAUCAUGACGCAGCAGAACCUGAGCGUGAAGAGCUGCGGCACCGACUGGGACAUCGUGCGCAAGUGCAUCUGCUCGGCCUACUUCUACCAGGCAGCGCGACUCAAGGGGAUCGGGGAGUAUGUGAAUCUGCGAACGGGAAUGCCCUGCCACUUGCAUCCCACCUCCGCUUUGUAUGGCCUGGGCACCACUCCGGAUUACGUGGUGUACCACGAGCUGAUCAUGACCGCCAAGGAGUACAUGCAGUGCGCCACCGCCGUGGAUGGCUACUGGCUGGCCGAGCUGGGUCCCAUGUUCUUCUCCGUGAAGGAGUCCGGUCGCAGUGGAAGGGAGAAGAAGAAGCAGGCGGCCGAGCAUCUGAAGGAGAUGGAGGAGCAGAUGCUGAAGGCCCAGCACGAGAUGGAGGAGCGCAAGCAGCAGGCGGCCGAAAGGGAGGAGCAGUUGGCCGCCAAGCAGGAGAUCGCCACCCCGGGAAAUGCCACGCCCCGUCGCACACCGGCCAGGAUCGGCCUCUGAUCAGCUUACGAAUAAGACACCUUUUGUAAAGCCCGUUUCGUUCAAUUCAUUUAUGGAUAAGUUUAACAUGUUUUUUUUUGCUAUACACUCCCCUAAUAAAGAACCAUUGUAAACUGAAGAA